AUGGCAGCCAUACUGUUUCCACCGGGUCCUGACAGUCUGCACCGGUUCACGCGUGAGUCCCUGGCUGGAAUCGAGCAGCGGAUCGCGGAGGAGGAGGCACGCAAUGCCAAACGCUACCAGGAGGACCGGGGCGACGUGGAGCCGCCCAAACCCCGCGCAGACCUGGAGGCCGGAAAACAGCUGCCGCGCAUCUUCGGAGACAUUCCCUCUGCACUGGUGGGCGUCCCAUUGGAGGACAUCGACUCUUUCUACUUCCAGAACCGCAGAACUUUUAUAGUACUGAACAAAGGGAAGGCCAUCUUCCGGUUUAGUGCCACGUCUGCACUCUAUAUUUUUAGCCCUUUUCAUCCCAUUAGAAGAGCAUCAAUACGGAUUUUAGUACACUCUUUAUUCAGUCUUUUCAUUAUGUGCACUAUUCUGACCAACUGUUGCUUCAUGGCCAUGUCUGAACCGGCGCAGUGGGCCAAAUAUGUGGAGUACACUUUCACUGGCAUUUACACGUUCGAGUCGCUGAUUAAGAUCCUGGCGCGAGGUUUUUGCAUUGGGCCCUUCACAUUUCUGAGGGACCCCUGGAACUGGCUGGAUUUCAGUGUGAUUCUGAUGGCAUAUGUAACUGAGUUUGUGGACCUGGGCAAUGUCUCAGCGUUACGGACAUUCAGGGUUCUGCGAGCACUGAAAACUAUCUCAGUCAUCCCAGGCCUGAAGACCAUCGUUGGCGCUCUGAUCCAGUCGGUGAAGAAGCUGGCGGACGUGAUGAUCCUCACUGUUUUCUGCCUCAGUGUGUUCGCUCUGAUCGGCCUGCAGCUCUUCAUGGGGAACCUGCGGCAGAAAUGCGUCCGCAGUGCCGCACAAUGUCUCAACACCACCUUACCGACAUACAACAACAGCACUUUCAUCUGCAAUAACAGAAGCUGGGCCUCGCUGGAGGAAUUCUUCACUAAUGAGGAUAAUUUCUUCAAAGUGGAAGGAGCCAAGGACGCCUUAAUAUGUGGGAAUGCGAGUGACGCUGGGAAAUGUCCGGAUGGAUUUGAAUGCUUGAAGACGGGCAGAAACCCGAACUACGGCUACACCAGCUUCGACACCUUCGGAUGGGCUUUUCUGUCUCUCUUCAGACUCAUGACUCAAGAUUACUGGGAAAACCUCUACCAUCACACGCUGCGCUCUGCAGGAAAAGCGUACAUGGUGUUUUUCGUGGUGGUGAUCUUCCUGGGCUCCUUUUACCUGGUCAAUCUGAUCCUGGCGGUGGUGGCGAUGGCCUACGAGGAGCAGAACCAGGCCACCAUCGCUGAAGCCCUGCAGAAAGAGCAGGAGUUCCAGCUUGCCAUGGAGCAGCUCAAGAAGGAGCAGCAGGCGGCUCAAAAAGCACAAGAAACCGAGUCCAUCCUGACGGCGGACGUGUCGCCCUUUUCUACACAAGACAAAGCCAAGCUGGAGCGCAGGAAAAGCUCCCGGCCGCUGUCAGAGGGCACAGAAGACGACAAACCAGCUAAACUGGACGCCAUAGAGGGCAUUAAGCAAACACACUCUCUGCUGGUGCGCACCCUGUCUCUGCGGGCCCGAAGAGAGAGCGCGGUCAGCAUCUUCAACUUCCGGCCGGUCAACAAGGACUCGGAGCUGGACUUUGCAGAUGACGAGUUCAGCAAUCACGGAGACUCAGAUAGCCGUGGCGGCGCUCUGGCUCUGCCCUGGAGUCGCAGACGCACCAGUGCUCAGAGCUCCUGCAGCCACAGCUCACAGUUCUUCUUCCCCAGCUUUAACAUCAACGGCAAACUGAUGGUGGCCGUGGAGCAGAACGGCAUCUCCAGCCAGGGGCCACUGACCCCGAUGACCCCUUUGACCCCGCUGCCCGCCUGCACCAUGGAGAAGCUCAAGGAGGAGAGUGGCCAGAACUCCUCCAAUGAGCUGAGCAGUAUGCUGCUGCCCCAGCUGCCCCCGGAGGGCCGAGACCGAGCCCUGAGCGCAACCAGCUACAUCACUGACGCCAUGGAGGAGCUGGAGGAGGCGCAGCAGAAGUGUCACCCGUGCUGGUACGUGUUUGCGCACAAUAUCUGGUUGUGGACGUGUUCUCCGCGCUGGCUGAAGGUGAAGGAGUGGGUGAAGAUCAUGGUGAUGGACCCGUUUCUGGAUCUGGCCAUCACCAUCUGCAUCGUCCUCAACACACUGUUCAUGGCGCUGGAGCAUUACCCCAUGACGGACGAGUUCAACCGCAUGCUGUCUGUCGGAAACCUGGUCUUCACAGGGAUCUUCACGGCUGAAAUGGUGCUGAAGAUCAUCGCUCUGGACCCGUAUUAUUACUUUCAGCAGGGCUGGAACAUUUUCGACAGUCUGAUCGUCAGUCUGAGUCUGAUGGAGCUCGGUUUGUCUAAUGUGGAGGGUCUGUCCGUCCUGCGCUCAUUCAGACUGCUGAGAGUCUUUAAGCUGGCGAAAUCCUGGCCGACUCUGAACACACUGAUCAAGAUCAUCGGGAACUCGGUGGGCGCUCUGGGAAACCUGACGCUGGUUCUGGCCAUCAUCGUCUUCAUCUUCGCGGUGGUCGGCAUGCAGUUAUUCGGGAAGAACUACGAUCUGUGCGUCUGUAAGAUCUCCAAGGACUGCACGCUUCCCCGCUGGCACAUGAAGGACUUCUUCCACUCGUUCCUCAUCGUGUUUCGGGUCCUAUGUGGAGAGUGGAUUGAGACCAUGUGGGAUUGUAUGGAAGUGGCCGGACAGCCGCUCUGCAUCCUGGUGUUCAUGCUGGUCAUGGUCAUCGGGAACCUCGUGGUCUUAAAUCUCUUCUUGGCUUUGCUGCUGAGCUCCUUCAGUGCAGAUAACCUGUCGGCUCCGGAUGAGGACGGAGAGAUGAAUAACCUGCAGAUCGCCAUUGCUCGUAUCCAGCGCGGGAUGCUGUGGCUCCGCCAGGCCCUCUGCGACUUCUUCAACGGGAACUUCAAGCGGCGGCGGCAGAAGGCCAAAGAAGCUAAAGCCAUGCUGAAGCUGAAACGUCUAAGCCAGCAGGCACACUGGGCCGAGGGCAACGGGACAGCCGGUGUGAUCGAGCGCAGUAGUGGCGCCGGCAGUGGGGAGGAUGACAGCUACAUGACCAACCCUAACCUCACCAUCAGCGUCCCCAUCGCACCCGGAGAAUCUGAUGUGGAGUUCCCGGAGGAGGAGGAUGAGGAGGAGGAUGAAGAGGAGGAGGCCAGCGCCAGCUCUGAUGAAGAGCCUGAACCCUGCAAACCGAGGGAUGACACCAGCCUAUCAGAGGGCAGCACUAUUGACCUGAGGAAACCUGGCGAGGAGGAGGACGAAUAUUCAGAGAUGGCAGAAGAGGCCAUGGAUCCGGAAAACUGCUUUCCUGACGUGUGUGUUCGUCAUUUUAAGUGCUGUGACAUCAACACGUCAGAGGGUUUGGGUCGGGCCUGGUGGCGGCUGAGGAAAACCUGUUAUCAGAUCGUGGAGCACAGCUGGUUCGAGACCUUCAUCAUCUUCAUGAUCCUCCUCAGCAGCGGCGCUCUGGCGUUUGAGGACAUCUACAUAGACCAGAGGAAGGUGGUGAAGGUGAUUCUGGAGUACGCAGACAAGAUCUUCACCUACAUCUUCAUUCUGGAGAUGAGCUUAAAGUGGAUCGCCUACGGUUUCCGCAAAUACUUCACCAACUACUGGUGCUGGCUGGACUUCCUCAUCGUGGACGUGUCUCUAGUAAGCCUGGUAGCAAACACACUGGGAUACUCGGACUUUGCUGCUAUCAAAUCCCUGCGGACGCUCCGAGCCCUCAGGCCGCUCAGAGCCCUGUCCCGCUUUGAAGGCAUGCGGGUUGUAGUAAACGCUCUGAUCGGCGCCAUCCCGUCCAUCAUGAACGUCCUGCUGGUGUGUCUGAUCUUCUGGCUCAUCUUCAGCAUUAUGGGAGUCAAUCUGUUUGCUGGAAAGUUCGGCCGCUGCGUAAACCGGACGGGCUUCAUCUAUAAUUCCUCUGACAUUAACAACCGGAGCGAGUGUUUGGAGAUGAACAGCACGCAGUAUUACUGGACCAAAGUUAAGGUUAAUUUCGACAACGUGGGUGCUGGAUAUCUCGCACUGCUGCAAGUGGCCACAUUUAAGGGCUGGAUGGAGAUCAUGUACGCUGCUGUGGACUCGCGAGCCGUGGAGGAGCAGCCGAUCAAGGAGAACAGCCUGUACAUGUACCUGUACUUCGUCAUCUUCAUCAUCUUCGGCUCCUUCUUCACCCUCAACCUGUUCAUCGGUGUGAUCAUCGACAACUUCAACCAGCAGAAGAGGAAGUUAGGAGGACAGGACAUCUUCAUGACUGAAGAGCAGAAGAAAUACUACAAUGCCAUGAAGAAACUGGGCUCCAAGAAACCACAGAAGCCCAUACCCAGACCACCGAACCCAGUCCAGGGCUUCUUCUUUGACCUGGUGUCCAAGCAAGCGUUUGACAUCCUCAUCAUGCUGCUGAUCAUCCUGAAUAUGGUGACGAUGAUGGUAGAGACAGACGAACAGUCGCCCUCCAUCAAACACAUCCUGGACUGCAUUAAUCUGGUGUUCAUCGUCAUCUUCACCAGUGAGUGUAUCCUGAAGAUCAUUGCGCUGCGCUGCUACUUCUUCACCGUCAGCUGGAACAUCUUUGACUUCGUGGUCGUCAUUCUGUCCAUCGUCGGAAUCGUUCUGGCGGACAUCAUCGAGAAAUACUUUGUUUCUCCGACUCUCUUCCGCGUGAUCCGAUUGGCUCGAAUCGGCCGAAUUCUGCGUCUGAUCCGCGGCGCUAAAGGCAUCCGGACGCUCCUGUUCGCACUUAUGAUGUCGCUGCCAGCGCUCUUCAACAUCGGCCUGCUGCUGUUCCUCGUCAUGUUCAUCUACGCCAUCUUCGGCAUGGCCAACUUCGCCUACGUCAAAAAACAAGGUGGCAUCGACGACAUGUUCAACUUCGAGACCUUCGGAAACAGCAUGAUCUGCCUUUUCCAGAUCACCACGUCUGCCGGCUGGGACAAUCUGCUGAGCCCCAUCCUGAACACGCCUCCGGAAGAGUGCGAUCCUGAAAUCCCCCACACCGGCACUAAUGCGCGAGGAAACUGCGGAAACCCUUCGGUCGGGAUUACGUUUUUCGUAACGUACAUCAUCAUCUCGUUUCUCAUUGUGGUCAACAUGUACAUCGCCAUUAUCCUGGAGAAUUUCAGCGUGGCGACAGAAGAGAGCACCGAACCGUUGAGCGAAGACGACUUUGAGAUGUUUUACGAAGUUUGGGAGAAGUUCGAUCCUGAAGCGACGCAGUUUAUCGAAUAUUUAAAGUUAUCGGAUUUCGCAGAUACGCUUUCGGAACCUCUCCGCAUCGGGAAACCCAAUAAAAUCAAACUGAUCUCCAUGGACUUGCCGAUGGUGAGCGGAGAUAAAAUCCACUGUUUGGAUAUUUUAUUCGCGUUUACGAAACGCGUGCUGGGCGAAUCGGGAGAAAUGGACGCGCUCAAGCAACAAAUGGAGGAGAAGUUUAUGAUGGCGAAUCCAUCGAAGAUUUCCUACGAGCCCAUCACUACGACACUCCGUCGAAAGCAAGAGGAGGUUUCCGCGAUUAUGAUUCAACGUUCGUAUAGGAGACAUUUAAUUCGUAGACAGCUAAAACAAGCGUCGCUUUUGUAUCGUCAGAUGACCAUGCCGGACGCUGAUAAAGCUGGCGACAGCUCGCCGGAGAGCCAAGGACUCAUCGUUUCGAUGAUAAUGGAAAACUACGCAACUGAAGCCGAAAUUACGAUAUCUGCGACAUCGUCUCCUCCAUCGUACGAUAGCGUUACAAGAGCUACGAGUGAUAUUUUCCAUGCUCUGAUUCCCGAAGAGACGAAUGAAAUCCUCAGCGAACAUUUAGCUGAUGCAGAAAAAGAGAGCGAAACUUUUCUGUGACACACAAACGUUUUUUUUUUUUGUUUACCGAAUGUAACAUAGUCUGCGGAAGGUUUUUGUAGACUUCUCUUGAGGAAACGUGUUGCUCUUUGACCAUGCACACACACACGUCAACAACCUUCACCGUCUGAAUGCAUGAAUGAGAUUCGUAGUUUCCAUUAUAUCAUAUAUUAGACGCAUUUUAAUCAGUCUGCCUGGUGAGCUCAUUAAAGGUCUUACGUUAAAUUAAAAAAAAACGGCAUUUGGGAAAAGCAUGACGAUUACCUCUUUUCUGUGUCGCUAGCGAUGAAAAGGCAGCCAGCGGUGAGACCGACUGACACGGUUGUUUUUAUUUUAGAGUAUUUGCACUUUUUGGUUUUCACGAUUUUAUUUAAUUUAAUUUGGCGUUUCAAUUUGAGGUGCAGUUUUCGAGACUCGUCAAAGACAAUCAGACAUGCACCGAAGACUAAAAUAAUCUGUCUUUGCAAACGAACUGUUGCACAUGCUUGUUUUGGGAUGAUUUUUCUUUUUUACGUGUAUUUAUUUUCGCAAGUGGACACUGCACUGCGGUAUGAAGGGGAAUGGAGAACACUUUCUGUCUAUACGGCUGAGUUGAGAAUUGUUUUGCACACUAUACGUUCAGCAAUAAUUUGCUACAUUUAGGUCUAUCGAGGACAACAACGAUAUUUAUUGGAAUUAAACGUGUCAAAGUUUCUACUGUAACGGCCUUCAGCUGUAACUGUGGCUUAUAUUACUAGUGAAGAUUAUAGCACACGUGUUUUUUCUAUCUGGAGCUGACUUUAGGAGCGGCAGGUUUGGUGAAGGGCUGUUUUAUGUAGCAAUAGAUCCCAAGUGUGCCUGCUAGAACUAAAUCCUGUGUUUAUAAUUCAUCUUCUUCCAUGCGUCACAACAAACACACCUUCAUCGGCUCUUUUGGUGAGGGAUUCAGCCACAAAUAUCAGUGAUUCACACAGUAAAACUGACAUUAAUGUUGACAUGAAGACAAAACAUUACACUGCACACAUAAUGCUGGGUUAUUUUAGCUUAAAUUUGGGUAAAAUACACUAUAAAAUGCUGGAUUAUUUUAGUCUAACAUUUGGCACAUUUCUGUG